AUGAUGAUCUAUUUGAAAAUUAUAGCUGGCGAUAUGACAGGUUCUGAUAUUGGGAUCGGAUGGGUAGAUUCAAUGAGCACUGUUCAUUUUCAGGAUCGUCAUGCGUACAAUCGUUCAAGACCUGUCAUUGAUGAUACAAGUAUAGAUUGGUUUGCUCUUCAAGGUCGUGAACAAGACGGAUGGACAGCUAUUCAAUUUCAGCGAUUGCUUGACACUUGUGAUUCAAUGGAUGUUCCAAUUAAAGCCGGAACCAAUAUUCUUAUCUAUGCAUAUGGUCUUGUCGAUCCCGAUCCUGCUCGCCCAGAUGGUGACAUUAGUUAUCAUGGGAGUCGAAGAGGUACACGCAUGAUUCCACUUCGAUAUUAUAUUGAUCAACCUUCGGAUACCAAGUAUACCAAUCUGGACUCAUUCGAAUUUCGUUUGAACCAUACAGGUUACUAA